AGAACGAUCAAUUCCAGCGGCGCUCUUUGUCGUUCCACCAGACCGUUUUCUUCGAAGCUCAUUAAUGACCUCUCCAUAGCCAAUUCUACCAUAUACUCUCCCUAAUCUUCCUCUUUCAGCAUUCAUAAUGGCGCCCAAAAAGCAGGCAGGCUCAAGCACUCCGGCCGCAUCCUCCGCCGCUACCUCCGCGAAGACCACAGGUCCAUCCCCCUCCGCCAGUGCUGUGUCAUUGUCUCCGAACUCCAACGUGCAGGAAAUCGUUAUCCAUAUCUGGCAACAGUAUAUCGCGAAGACGCCACAGCGCACAUUGCUGCUGGAUGCGUUCAUGGGAUUCCUCGUCUUGGUCGGAGUCGUACAGUUUCUCUACUGCGUGUUGGCGGGUAACUACCCCUUCAAUGCCUUCCUAAGUGGCUUCUGCGCUGCCGUCGGCCAAUUCGUCCUCACAGCCAGCUUGCGGAUGCAAACGAGCGACCCAACCAGCGAAACCAAGACACCAUCAAAGGGAAAGACUGGAAAAGCCAAUACUGCAGAGGAUGAAGCUUUCUCAAGUGUCUCUCCGGAACGAGCCUUUGCCGACUACGUCUUCGGAAGCAUUAUCCUUCAUUUCUUCUGUAUCAACUUCAUCAACUGAAGCGGUGGGGUCAGAUGCGGGAGUGGUCUUCGGGCCGCCGUCAUGUACUUGUAAUUUUUUGAAAUGUGAAAUAGCUGAUCGAGGGACGGGGGGAAAGAAGAAAACAUUCAUGAUACACUACGUCUCGAUUAUUUUGCCGUUUACCUGGUCAGUUCUGUUUUCACUACACCCUCUUAAGUUAUGCGUUAUAGAAUUUAUGCCAUAUGGAAGCGUGGCGGAUAUUUGUCAACUAGCCUUCGUUCAAUUUUCAGGCAACUAGGAGCAGUUUGCUCGAGGCUCUCUAGGAUCCGGGAAUUAUUGGAGAAUCCUCUGUUUCAGAGUACAGGCAUAUAUCAUGGUAAUAAUAGAU